AUGUGGUCGGCAGACGAUGACCCAAUACCCUACCAGGAGUAUCCUACAUGGCCAUUCCUGAAGCUGUACGAGGAACAGGAGCAAGCUGCUGUCGCGCAGCACGUCCGGGCUUCUUACCCGCAGCCCUGUGAUCCUCAGGAUUCACGGGCAGUUCUGAUCUGGCGGGGGAAACGGUUCUUAGACGUGCUAAAGGGCUUCCAUGAGGGCUCGCUUGAUUUGACUGGCCGCCACCCCUGGCGGUAUCGCCUCUACUUCACCCGAUGGACGUCAUAUAUCUCAGCUUUCAAUCGUGUGGCGAGAUACACAAUACUAGAGGAAGAGACGAUCGGCACCGGCGAUUUUACAUUUCAACUGCCGCAUUACGUGGUGACGAAACCUGGUGUAUUGGAAGAAUUUGAAAGGGAAUGGAAGCCACCCUACUGGAACGUACUGUAUCCCGCUACAUGUUCGGCAGUGGAAGUAGUCAAGUUUAUGAUGGAUUCUCCAGAGCCAAGAUUUCAGAAUAUCCUCCUGACACAUUUACCGACCGAAAUACUCGAUAGAGUCUUCUUCUUUGCGUCGUCUACACAGGCAUUAUUGCUUGGUUCAACUUGCCGCUUGCUUCGUGAGGUGUCGUUGAGAUGGAUCUAUGAGGGCCGUUCGCUGGUGUUCAGGUACAAGCCAGACUACAGCAAGCCCUUAGAGGAGGAAGACCAGGAUGAUUUAGCCGAAAAUGCUAAAGCACAGCUGAUGAACACCAUCGAUUCGCUAUUGGCUAGGCCAGACAUCGUCCAGAAGACUCUGAACAUCCGUAUAUAUGACGAGUGGCAAUCACACAGGGACAUACUAAGAGGCGAUGUCAGCAUAUUUACCGUCAACGACGAGCUCUUCCAAGGUCUUGAACUCAACCAGGACUUUUAUGGACCUCUCCUGGCAAAGAUUGGGGAGUUCAUCCGAGCAUGUACCAAUGCCACCCAUCUGAGCCUGGCCUCCAUACUGGUUACCCCCGUCAUUGCCGGAGCCAUGAUAUCACUGCCCCAUUUGCACACUCUGAGCCUCAGAGGAUGCAACUUCGCCGCAGGUCUUCCCUUAUUCAUGGAUGAACGCGCGUCGACGCCGCCUAUACUCAAUAUGCGCCUCAGCCAUCCUCGUUUUCUUUGGGAAAACUGGUGGUAUUGGGCCUUCCUUAGUCUAAGCCCUGACGUACGCACUCUUAGUGUGUCGGGCAGUAGACGAGAGCCUAUACAAGUUCUCCAAGAUCCUAUGCGCGAAAUGUACAACCCCUGGCCGACGGUGGAGCGGUUCUCUGUGACGGCGCUUGCUCCGUACCAGAUCCCCACGCUAACCUCGUGGAUAGAGCUUUCGAAGGCCGACUGGCCGCUCCGAUUGACGCACUUUAUGGUAGAUACCCACUAUCCCAUGGACCAGGAGGACCUUUUCAUGCUCGUCGAUGCCCUCAGAGGUGCACCUUUGCAGAUCCUAGCCCUCUCUGGCGUCCGCUACGCCGGCUUGGAUCUCAUUGACCGCAUUGCCGAAGCAUUCCCCGAUCUGGUUGGUCUUACCCUCAUCCAUCGCUACAAGGUCAUCAAGGAUUUUGAGCGCGCGCGCCUUUCCAUGUGGCCGCAUGCUAGUUGGGAGUAUGCGCCUCGCUUCGGUGCCUUCAGUCGCCUCGAGCAUCUUGGAAUGAAUUUCUACUGUCCUCCCAUCACGGGUUUCCUUGAUGACGGAGUCAUUGAGAGCAUGGAGACUGGGGUGCCAUGCGAUUGCUAUGUAUUGCCUUGCCUCGAAGAGGAAGAGGACAACGACACGGUGGCUAGGGUGUUUGCAGUCCACUGUCCAUCUCUGAAGUCGUUCACUCUGCACGCAAUGCCCCUGCUGAACGCGACGUUCAUCAUCUCCCGCAGGCCAGAUGGAUACCCGAUAGUCGAAGGAGAGAAUAACUGGAGUGGUAUAUACGGGCCCAUUCCCCAGCCAUAUUUCCCUUUGAAGUUGGGAGAAUUCAGCUGGGACCCGAUUUCACCGGAAGCGGCUGGGGCUUCGUCUUGA